AGAUUUAUCACAGCUGAGUGUUUGUCAAGGCUCAGGAAACCCUUGCAGGUGUUUCGAGUUAAUUAGACAAUUCAAGUGAUUUGUUUAAUACCCUACUAGUAUACUUUUUCAUGAUAUUCUAAUAUUUAGAGAUAGGAUAUUUGAGUUUUCUUAAGCUGUAAGCCAUAAUCAGCAAUAAAUCAGAAUAAAAGGCUUGCAAUAUUUCAGUUGAUUUGUAAUGAAUCCAGAAUGCAUGACAUUUUUGUUUUUUUAAUUGCAUUACAGAAAAUAAAGAACUUCAUCACAAUAUUCUAAUUUUCUGAGACAGUCCUGUACACAUACGACAUCAUCUGUCUCGGGACUUCACAUCGGUUCGGAAAAACUCCCCCAAAAAACACUUAAACAGGGCAUGCAACUAACAUUAAUAAUAAUAGCAGUAGGUUUCAGGCAGGACCACGGUCUAGAUAAAACCACUAAGUAAUGUAUUUACAGUGAGAUAAAAGACCUGAACCACAACUUAACGUCUCUAUAUUUAAUUCAAUUCCAUUUCAAUUCAGUUUAUUUUGUAUGGCCCAAUAUCACAAAUUAUAUAUUUGCCUCAAAGGGCUUUACAAUCUGUACACAGGAGAUCCCUGUCCCAUGUUUUUUCCCCAUGGCCUUGUUCUUUCCCCAUGGCCUUGGCAUUACAAAUAACAGACAAUGACUCGUAAUGUAUUUCACAGUAAUGUAUAUUGCCCAGAGCCGAUCACCAUUAGUAUUGUAGAUUUCCUUAAAACUAUAAAGUUUUGACAUUUCAAUGGGCUCCACCAACAUGUAACACAUUAAAUCUGAAUUAUGAAGACUGACAAAGAAAGUUAACUAUCUGCCAGAUGCUUGCAUAUUUAGACUGUGACACACAGUUUGAAUUGUUUUAACUGUUGGUCGCAUCCAUUUGAGUCAAAGACCUCUUUGAUCAGUACAGUAGAACAAUUACAGAACUACAACUCUUAAACAAUUCACACAAUACAAACACUAUUAAAUGAUUUGAUCAUUAAAUCACAAAAUAUAUUUGUCAACAUCCAUUUUAUAUUGUAAAAUAAGGUUUUCACUCAGUUCAUCUCACUUCAAUCAUUUGUACUGAAUCAAUAAAGGUUUUUCAUUAAAGCAGACGGACUGACCAACACAGUGUGUUGCAUCAUAGGACAAACCGUGUUGUAUUACAGUCUACAAUGUACAUGGUCCAAUCCCAAUGACUUCACCAAAGAAACACCACCACCAUCAAAUGGACUGAAAAAAGCAAUUUUACCCAAAUAUUAAAUUUGUAUUAUGCAAUAUGUAUAGCUUGUAUAAUAAAAGAUUGAUACUUGGCACCCAUGUAUCGAGACACUAUUGCAAUACGAUGCCGCAUCAAUUUAGAUCAAAUGACUACAUAUGUGUGAAAGGUGCUAUUCAUGGUGACAAAUCCACAGAUCAGCGAUACGGUUCCCGUCAGAUGAAUGGAGCGUUUCAGCAUCUUUCAACUCAUUGUUUUGGUUUGGCAACUUUACUAUUUUGUUUCUGUCACGCUGCACUCAUCAGUUCUCAUCCAAAAAACACUGUACCCUACCAGCUGGAGAACAUAGUGGAGCAUAGACUGGCUAAAAAUGCAUUAAUGGAGACCAAAAAAUAGAGAUAAAACAAGAAUGAUAUAUUUUUGAGAUUAGUGUACUUCAGAUAAGUGAUGCUUUUGCUUCAUCUCAACUGGAUGUACAACUGUUGGCCUCGAAGAUUCCCAUUAAAAAACUGAAAAUAUAUAAUUUUUGUGUAUGCAGAUUGUUUUCACUGCCCCAAUGUAGCCAAUCUAAUGCAGAUUUAAUUUCAUUUAUUUGUAUAGUGACUAGUCCAAUAUCACAAAUCACAAAUGUGCCGCAUAGGGCUUUACAAUCUGUAUAGCAUACGAUAUCGUCUGUCCUUGGAUCCUCGCAGCAAAAAGAAAAAACACCCCCAAAAGAUAACCCGAUGCAGAUUUGUAUUUCUAAAUGAAGACAUUUAGAAAUGAAUGAAACUUGGUGAAUUUAGACUACAGCCUCGGUGUCUGUUUGAUGUCUGCUUAUUAACGGCUAUAAAGUGUUUCAUUAACUCCGGUGUGACAGAGGAUGGUUUGCUGUGAAUAACAUCAAGCGAGCAUAAACAAAGAUGGCUGAAGCAGGCAGGAAAAUCACAGUUUCACAAUCAGCUCAUGAUGAAGAUGACCUGCCUCUCCCCCCACCUCCUCCCGUACCACCUAAACCCCUCGGCUAUGAAGGGCCCUCAGCAAUAGGUGGCCUCCCUCUGCCUCCACCUAAAGAAACCUUUUCCACGUUUUAUCAGCAACGGAAUAAGAGUGAGCUAAAGAGGCUCUUUAAACACAUCCACCCAGACGUAAGGGCAAGUCUCGAUGACGUAGUGGACGAUGAGAUAAUGAUGGCAAUGCAGCCAGAAAAUACUCAAGCAGCGGACGCAGCUUAUCAAGGUGAAGUGCAGUCCAUGAGGUGGAUCUUUGAGAACUGGACUCUGGACAAUAUUGGGGAUCCUCACGCAACCAAGAAGCUGCUGGAUGACGAGGAGCUACAAGGUGGAAACGUCAGAGGUACCUCCUCUAUGUUUGAGCACGUUGACAGCACCCAACACAUGUCUACUGAAAGACAGACUUCUGUCAGAGGGGAUGUGAGAACAUCAACAUGGCUGUUUGAGAGCCAGCCCUUAGAUGCUCUAAAUAAAUCCGAAAGAGAUGAGGGUGAACUGGUUGAGGCAGUGCUGAAAGAACCUAUCCAGCCAGGAGAUGUGACAGGGGCUCGCCUGCUUUUUGAGUCCAAACCAUUGAGUGACUUUGGAUGCUACAACUCCAUAGAAGACCACAGCUUCCUCAAACUGAGAUCUGAGCUUCAGGAGCAGAAAGGAGAUGUCCAGAAGAAUUUAAAACUCUUCCAGGCAGACCCUUGCUGUGCCAUCAGAGACAACAGUGGCAAUAUCCAUGAGAUUAAAUCCAUUUGCAGGGAGGAGAUCAACAGCAGCAACAUCAGCACUGCCCGUUGGCUUUUUGAAACCCAGCCUUUGGAUCUCAUUAAUAGGGUAACUGAUGGGGUAAAAAUAAUUCGGGGUAUAUCUCUGGAAGAGGGGCACAGAGGAGGAGUUGACCAAAAGAAGUGGAUGUUUGAAACUCAGUCAUUUGAAACAAUACAAGAAGUCGUCGGAGUGGACAAGUUUGAAGCAACGGUGGCUGAUUGCGCUGGAGAGGCCGAUGUUGUGAACAAGAGGAAGCUCUUUGAGAUGCAGCCCUUGGCAGCACUAAAAGGAGACUCCGAAGAGCAGUCUUUGGAAAAGGAGGAAAUUAUUGCAGGAGAUGUCAAAACGUCUUUGUGGCUGUUCGAAACUCAACCCAUGGAGACCCUCAAUGACAGCUUUAAAGUUGGGCAUUUGAAGAAAAUUACCCUUUCAGCUGACGAACAAGGAGAAGUAAAAGGCAAAAAACUACUAUUCGAGAGCUGCGGCAUCAAAAAGAACACCUCAUCCGAAGAACAAGAGAUUCAAAAGGGCGAUGUUAAAGGAUUCAAACAGAUUUUUGAAACAAUUCCACUGAGCAAAAUCGCUCAGUCCGAUGAAGAGUUUAUUGGGGGGGAAAAAGCUCUAGGAAAUGUAAAAGGUACCAAAGAAAUAUUGGAGACAACUCCUUUAUACGCAAUAAAGGACGGCUCUGGAAACCUGCAUUCGGUAACAACAGUCAGCCGAGAAGAAUUAAUUAAAGGGAAGGUCCAAAACUAUAAAUGGAUGUUUGAGACAAAGCCUUUAGACGAGCUUGCAGGAAGAAAAGACAACAUUGAGGUGAUCAAAGGCAUCACCAGACAGGAGGAUACAGUGGGCGAUGUCAAGAUGGCAAAGUGGCUUUUUGAAACCCAGACAAUAGAUGGAAUCCACUCCAAGUUCAAUCAGACAGAACAGGAUGCUUCUGUAGAAGAGGAGCAUCGUAAAGGUGUUGUCAAGAACUGUAAAUGGUUAUUUGAGACACAACCAAUUAACAUGAUGUGUGACAAAUCAGAAAAAAAAGAAGCCAUUGACAAUACCAACGUCAAGUCCAUUACUUGGCUUUUUGAAUCACAGCCUCUAGACAUUAUCAAAGAUGGCGAAGAGUACAAUCUGAAGCUAUGCAACACCAUUCAGGAUUAUGUCGAAUCGGAGGUUGGUGUUCAAACAGUCAAACAUGUUUUUGAAACUGAAACCUUGAAUAGAAUUGGAAAGGAAUCAAACUCUGAACGCAAUGUCAGAUGUGUCAGCCAGGUCAACUUUCAGUCUGGAGAUGUCUCACGAGUCAAGGAACUUUUUGAAUCCCACUCCCUUGAUGAGAUAGGGUCAGAAAUGGUGACAUCUGAUCAACAGAACCAAGACGAACGCCUUGUAAAAGGUUCCGUACAUAAAUGUACCUGGAUGUUUGAAAACUCUCUCAUGAACCCGAUGAAUAAGGACAUUGAGGGUUCAAACAUUCAGAGGAUCACUGCAAAAGAAGGUGGCGAUGUACAGAACAAAAGGUUUGUAUUUGAAACCUCCUCACUGGACAAAAUCCAGGACCAGCCCUUUGAACAGAAGUCAGACUCCGUGGAACAGCCUGUGAGCAGUGUUGACGUAAAGUCAAGCACAACACUGUUUGAAUCCCUGCCACUCUAUGCCAUCAGAGAUAAAGAGGGACAGUUUCAUGAAGUUACAACUGUGAAAAAAGAAGAGGUAAUGAGUGGUGAUGUAAGAGGAGCAAGAUGGAUGUUUGAGACAAAACCCCUUGACGCCAUCAAGGAAGACAAGGAAGUUUACGUCAUCCGAGCUAUAACCCAGGAAGAUGUCCAGAAAGGAGACGUGAAAUCCGCCAGAUGGAAGUUUGAGACGCAACCUUUGGACUCCCUGACUAGCCGCGAUGCGCCCUCUGUCAGGGUCAUUGAAGACUUGGGGAGCAGGAAUGUGCAACUCAAUAAACAGAUAUUUGAAUCUGAGCAGUCAAGGCAGAAAUUCAUGCGAAUGGUUAGUGUCACUGAUGUCCAGCAGGGCGAUGUCAGGACCUCCACCUGGCUCUUUGAGAAUCAAACCAUUGACAGUCUGAAAGGGGAACCUCAGGAGCAAGGUCUGGUGAAAACGGUCCACAGAGAAGACAGUCAGAAAGGAGAUGUGAAACGCUGCACCUGGCUGUUUGAAUCACAGCCACUUGACAAAAUCAAGGAGCCUGAAGAUACCUUAGUGCAAGGUUCUGAGGAGGAAAUACCAAAAGCUUACGUGAAGUGCACUACCUGGCUCUUUGAGACCACUCCACUAGACAAAAUCACUGCUGACAGUGUGGCUGACACCCUGUCCUAUCUGUACCAAAUGACUUUUGUUCACUCAAGCGGCAUCAUUAUAGAAGCAAAUGAGAGUAGAAAUGUUAUGAUGGCAAAAUAUCUGCUGGAAAGUAAUGAAGGUGUGCAAAUCCAGAACGAAGAAGUUGUCGGCGGUAACAUCAGGAACAUCAUGUUACAACUCUUGCUCAAACCAACCCUAAAGCCCCAAGUUAGUCUUCUUAGAGAAGUGGAGAAGGGCAAAGUUAAUACCACCGUAGUAGAGCUUCCAGUCUACGAGUCAUCCACAAUCAUCAACCUCGAGAGCGACCAAAGAAUACAAAACAUUGUCCAGAGGAUCGACGAAUUGCUUGUCCAAGAUAAGGAUUUCAAAAAAGGAAUCAUAAUGCAAGAGACUGCGGGGGGGCAAGCAGAGAUGUCAGUAUAUUCACUCAUCUACAAUUCCGAAACAAAAACCGAGGGUCACGUUAUAGAGAGGGGAGACGUAAAGUCUACGAUUGGAAAUCUGUUAGCGACUGCCAAUAGUCAGCGGACUGCGGCGUCAUGUAGAGUGGAUGAAAACGAAAAGGGAAACGUGAAUCUGUACAAAAGUUGCAUUGAGAAAGGAGACUUGCACUAUCUGAAAAGUCUACACACGGAUGCUACAGCAGAUGAAGUUGAUCACAGCCUUCUGACUGAGGACUGCAUUGAAAUAGUUCAUGGGGAUGUGAAGGAAGCAAAGAGAAGCCUCUGUUUGCAAAAAGAGCAGGUAGAGCGAACCAUUUCUGAUGUCUUGCCAGGAGAUGUAAAGAACACCAAAAAAGUGUUUUCCUCCGAGUGCUCUCUCUGUGUUGAGAACUGUGCUCCAAAGCAAGAAAUAAUCCCCGGGGAUAUCCUAUCAGCAAAGCAACAACUUGCAGUGCAGCAAACUGUUUUGUUGGAAAAAGAGGAAAUUGUGGCCGGCGACAUCAAGGCAACAAUGCAGUCAUUAGAACGCGCAAAGCAGCAGAGCAUGUGUGUGGAGCGGGAGGUCAUUAAGCCUGGAACUAUCUAUGACAUGAACUUGUCAGACCCUGAAAUAGAAGGAAGCCAAGCACAAAAAGAGCAAAUUGUUUCCGGAGAUGUGAAAGCAGCAAAAAAGUCCCUUGAAAUGGCAAAGCAGCAAAGUAUGCAUCUGGAACGCGAAGUUGUUGUUCCUGGAAAAAUAUACAACCUGAAUGUCACAACAGCACAAGAGGAAAGCUCCUCCGAAGUGAUGCAAUCUACAUGUUCGUCUUCCUCCAGCUGCCAGCAAAUCAAGACUUAUCCAAAGUAACCUGUGAAGGACAACCAUCCAUUACAACACAGAAUUCAACGCCCAACCCUGUAGCAAAUGGAAUUUCUAAAGCAUCCAACUCUGUG